AAUUAUUGGUUGAUUAUGGAGAAGAUGAAUUGAAUAUUUUGAUGGAAUAUUAUAGAGCUAUUAUUGAUAAUAAUGUUUCUGAAGAAUUGAAUAAUUACAAAGCAAUAAUUUAUGCUAAUUAUAAAAUAACAAAAUUGGAGUUGUUGCUUUCAAAAUUAUUAG